GCAAGCGCCUCGAAAAGAUUGUCCGCUCCUUUCAAGCCGAUGAUGAAGAGUUGACAAUAUGCUCCCAGGCAUAUGCAUCAAUCCUCCAAAAUUCUCGGACGCAGCAGCUUUCCGAAUGCGACGUCGAUAGCACGUUACAAUUUCUUGAUAUGCGAUUUCCUCGCCCCUACGAUUCGGUCACGGGCUGCCGCUGCUUCAAAACAGUCGAUAUGCGGACAGAGCAGAGCUACCUUCGAAUGGGACAGCGUAAGAGCUGUGGAGUCAGCUUUCUACAGCUGGCUGUCGCGCGCAGGGGAAUGCUCGACGAAUCGUCGUCAACUACAACACUCAGCUUCUACUCUCCGGAGAACGAAUCGGUUGAAGCAUGGAGACGGACAAGAGAAAGGAAAAAGCAUGUUCAGAGGCCAAUGCCGCAGUAUCAGCCAUGGUGUUAGCCAAAGCGGUCUUACAAGCUUGGAUAGACCCGGGCAAUCGACGAGGCCCAGGAAUCGGCGGAAGAGCAGGCACAAUGCGUGGGAGUUCUUUGAUUCCAAUACGCUCGAAUUCGCGCAAAAUAGUCGACUGCCGGCAGCCUUCUUUUACGAUCUGGGCACCCUGCACAAGAAAGUGAGACUAGGGAAAGAUGAACAAGAUCAGCAGGAUGAGCGCGAGCUGUCACAACCCGCGCUCGAGGAACAAAUGGCCCUAUUGAAGUCUGUAAGAGAUCUCGAAGAAAAGCUAGCUGAAGCCAAGGCCAGCUUGGACAUCUCGAUACACAAGAAGUCCCCCACAUCAGAACGUGCUAUGGCAGUGACGCCCGUGGCCUCGAAGCAGCCAGCAAUUGUGCUGUCAAAGGACGACUACAAGAAUUUGGUGGAUCUCUACUUCUUUACCCACAGCGAUCGUUUCGACCCGGAGUCGCCCCAUUCGUCUCCUACGCCGAAAUUCCUCGAAGAUUACGUAUUUCAGCUUUCAGAGGACUUUGCACCCCCACAAGCAUAUGCGGAAUUUUAUGCGGAUGAUGAAGGUUACGAGUCACCUCUCAAGGAAGUGGAAAAGAUGCUCAAAUCAAAGCAGCUGCGCGAGGUUUCCGCCUUCAAGGCCUUCGUUGAUCUACUCCUCGAUAAUCACUCCUCUAAUGCAGCACUAUUCAGAGCAUACAAGAGGCUGCCACAACCAGGGGUGGGUUUCCUCCCCAAGGGGACUGUCAGAAUAUUUCUGCAACGCAUGUCGACCCCAUGGCAGAAGAGUGAAAAAUCAAUGAUCAGAUAUUUGUCCCUGAUUGACGACAUGCAAAAGGCCAAUCUACCUAUCGCAAGGUCGGAAUGGGCGUCUGCGAUAUACCUGGCCGGCAGGUCUUUCUCAAAAGUAACGGAAUCGGAACUGAACGCCGCGCUGCGAUUGUGGAGGCAGAUGGAACAGGAAGCUGGUGUACAGGCUCACAAUGUCACUUUCAACAUUCUCUUUGAUAUUGCAGUGAGGGCCAACAAAUAUCCACUGGCUCAGAUGAUAUUGAAAGAGAUGCAUGAUCGUGGUCUUCAUCUCAACAGGCUUGGUCGUGUCAGCGUAAUCUAUUAUCAUGGGCUACGAGGCGACGGAGAUGCCGUUCGAAAGGCUUACCGCGAUUUUGUCGAUGCCGGAGAAAUCGUCGACACCCUUGUGCUGAACUGCGUUAUGGCAGCGCUGUUCAACGCCCAAGAACCGGCGGCGGCGGAGCAAAUAUACGAGAGGAUGAAGAGUCUUCAUAUGAAUACACGCCGAGAAGUGAGAAGUGACGGCACCAUAGCAUCAUACCGACAAUAUCCAGGUCCAGGGCCGGAGCUGAUACACCGUAAGCUAGCAGCGAACUCUCUGAGGCGAGUGUUGCUUUUUGCGAGCAGAUUGAAACACCUCCUGCCGGAGCAUCACAAGGAGGCACAAGAGAUGAUGCCAUUGAGGCCCGACCACACUACCUUUCGGACCAUGAUCUCUUACCAUGCAAAUGUUUCCGGAAACCUCAACCGAAUCACAGUGUUGAUCAACGAAAUGUCCGAGCUGUUUGGUCUGUCACUGCAGAGCAUCCACUAUCAGCUGCUGUUCAAGGGGUUUGCUCUCCAUGGCGCCACAAGAAACCCGCACGCGACUUGGAAUCUGCACCGGCUGAAUUUGGCCUGGGAAGCUUGUCGAAAAGACAUCCGAGAAGGUCAAAUGGCCCGCAGGCGCGCAAGGCAGACGAAAUCCGAUCACCAUACGCUCCCAUCGAUCGACGUCAUCAACGAAACCUCUGAGGAACGGGAGCCAUCUGUAUAUGGAGGACAAACAGCUUUCGAGCGUAUGAGCGAAUGGGACGACUUUGUUCUUGACCUCGCGGCGUUUCCUAGAGAGCGAAGAAAACAUAUCGAAAGGAUCCAUGCCGAGCUCUUUGAUGAGGAACGAGAGAAGAGAGAACCUCUUAUCCGAAAUCCCUUCUCUCGUUCGAUGAAGGAAUCGCCACCACAUGAUCAGAAGACCUACUACCCGCUAGGAGAGCGCAAACUAGACCAAGAGGAAGGAGAAUACGUCCUACCUUCGCCGAUCCUGGCAAUUGACCCAUCAAGCAGCAAGCUCCACGAUACCGUUACCCCAGAGGAGACUCUCGAGGAAAGCGUUUAUGUUGAUCCAGAACCACGAACGUUUCCACCCACCACAGACGCGUAUUUACCAGAUCCAGAACCGCGCAGUGCCGCUAGAUCCUCCACCGACGACACAUCAUCAUCGUCGUCCUUUGCAGAAGCCGAGACAGACUCCCAUUCCGAGGAGCCCGAUGCCGAAGACGGUCGCGACGUUCCCCCUCUUCCAUCUACGUCGCGGUAUCAGGUGGAGGCCACGCGCCCGCUCAUCUGCUGGCUCCUGCGCGCGUACGCCAACGCGACGGGCUCCCGCCAGCAGGUGGAAGCGAUCUGGGACUCGGUGCGGCCGCUGUGGCUCUCGCGCGAGCCCAACGACCAGGCCGCGGUGAUUCGGGUCCUGAGACGGUGCUUGAGGAAUUGUGACCGGUACGGGCCGCCGCUGUGAAAGGGAUGAUGGGAUUUGGGUUCUAUUUUUGAGGGAGGCUGGGAAUUCCAGAUCCAGCUGGCCCUCGUUUGAGAUGCGUCCGGUCUAUCAAGUGCCCUAUCUAGGUGUAUAAUAUAUGGCUUGCGUAUAGAUUGGACUAGGGUGUGUAUAAGACAUGCAUUCAUGGUAUGUAUAUAUGUACUCAGUACAGGCAAGUCCGGUAUUUAUCGUCAUUC